GGGUCUGGCAGCAUCUGUGGGGAGUGAAACAGAGUUAAUGUUUCGGCGUCAGUGAUCCUUGUCGAGAAAUCAGAGCAGAGAAAUGCAGUCAAUGAACUCCCCGCCCCAUUGGCCGCCGUGACGCGCCGUUGUGACGUCAGCGGGAACGUGUGGGGUCAAAUCCGUCGACAACAAGUGACUUAUCGACAGCAACAUGGCGGUGUCUGGAUGUCGCCGAUUUUUUAUUACCCCGUGUGUCCUAUUAAAGCGGUUAUGUCACCCAGUAUCUUCCAGGAUCAGGGACCCGAGGAUUUCCCCGUGCGGAAACCAAGGGAGUGACUGGCUGUUUUCACGUGGGAGUCUUGAUGCGAGCAGUGGUGAGAUGUCGGGCCGACGUUUGCUGAGCACUAGCACCCGAUUACAGAGUUCAAAAGAUAAAGUAUCUGUUGAUUUUAUUAACCGUGAUGGAGAGAAACUUAAAGCAGAAGGAAAUGAAGGGGAUUCUCUUUUAGAUGUUGUUGUUGAUAAUAACUUGGACAUUGAUGGUUUUGGUGCAUGUGAAGGAACCUUGGCAUGCUCUACCUGUCAUCUAAUCUUUGAAGAGCCCAUCUACAAGAAAUUGGAUGACAUCACUGAUGAAGAAAUGGAUAUGUUGGACCUAGCCUAUGGCCUCACAGAAACAUCUCGUUUGGGUUGCCAGAUCUGCCUAAAGAAAUGGAUGGAUGGAAUGACUGUGGAAGUGCCAACUGAUGUCGCUGAUGCUAGAGAAGCCAAGGACAUUGAUUCAGGCUCCUAAAGGGAUUAAUUUAAUUUACAAAAUCAACAUGACUAAAAGUUAACUUCUCUUAAAUAAUAAAUAAUACUUUAUUAUACAGAAUAAAAUCUUCAGUAUAGGUGGGUCACUUAAUAUUGAAUGUCUACGUUAUCUUUUUAAUUUCUUGGUGGCCAAUAUUGUAAUGCUGUACAGAUUCAGAGAAGUACAUUUUACAAACUGCUUAACAGAACAACUACUGUACAGGAUAUGAAAAAUCUAAAGAAAACAAUUUAACUUUUUGAAGAAGUUUGUAAAUGCUGACCAAAUCCAGCAAAAUCUUUUUGAGUGCUGGAAUUCCAAGAGUUCCAGUUCAAAAUUUUGGGAAUUCAGUCCAGUUUUGUCUAGCUCUGGAUGGGCGUAUGAAUUCAAAUCUGAUUCCAUUAAUGCUAACCAUGUAUGUUAUGUUGCAGUUACGUUGAUCAUCCUUGAGAGUAUUUUAGUUAAUAAACUCUGAGUAUAUUUAGAAACAUGCUAAUAGAUUAAUUUCUUACUGAAAUUCUUUGAAAAUGUUGCAGCAGUGAUGAUAUUUAUAAUUUUUUGUUGGCCUUUUCAUUAGGCAUUUUAAUGCAGCAUUAAUAUCAAUUUUCCACGUCAUAUUUUGAGUAAUUUUGAAGCAUAGAGUGCCUUAAAUGCCUUUCUCUACAAUUUUUUUUAGGUUUCACUUUCUUAAACUGCUACUGGUAAAAUGAGAGUAUGGCGCUGGGGCAGGGUGGUGAAGAGGGGAACUUGACUUAAGCGCAAUGCUGUGAUCAUAAUUUUGGCAAGAUAUCUUUAGUUUUGAGUUUGGAGUUGGAAGUUUCAAAUACCACUUGUUACGAUAUUCAUGUUGACCAUUUAAUUCCAUCAGUGAUAUAUAGUCCAAUAGAACAUGUCGCCUUCACGAGGUGAAGACUAGAUGAUGACGUUAGUUUUUUCCAUGUGAAAAUUCAGCCUUUUCAAAUAGCAAUACUGCUGAAAUAUUACCUGAUCUGUACACCAAUAUAUCCAUUCUUUCCUCCAACAAUUUCCUUGCCUGUUUUUCGUUAAUCAAAAGCCCUUUUAAAAUAUUUAAACAUCUUGCAAUUCAAGACGAAUGUUUUUAACUGUAGGUGAAUGGGUUGGGUCCUUAAAACAAAUAAGCAAUUUUAUGGGGUAGAUAUUAGUGAGGGAGUUCAAAACUAGAGGAUGUAAAGAUUUCAUUAAUAAAUCUAAUGAAGAAUAUACGAGUAACAUAUUCCACAGAUGAUGGUUAUAAUGUGACACUCUCUCUACUUGAGGUAAAUAGCAUUGAUGCAUUAAAGAGGACCAACAGCUUGGCCAACUUGUACUGAUAUGGUGCUUUUAACAUAAACAAUCCCAAAUUACUUCUCAGGAACUUUGUUAAACAAAAUUUGACCCAAGGACAUGCAGGUGAUAAUUGGCCAUCCAGUCAAAAUCUUGGCCUAGUUGUCUAGGGAGCAUCUUAAGAGGAGAAUGUUUAGGGAGGGAGUUCUAACAUUUAGGCUUUGGCACAACUGCUAAUGAUAGAACAAUUAAAGUUGAGGAAGCUGUAAAAGCUAGAUUUUGAAGGAGCUUGGAAGGUUGUGGGGCUGGAAGAGAUUAUAAAGAUGGGGCUAUGCAGAGAUUUGACAGCAUGGAUGAGAAUUUUACAUUUGUGGUGUUGCUUAUCUGGGAGUUGGGGAACCAAAGGAAGUUAGUGAAUGCAAUGUGUACAGAUUUUGGGGCAAGUUGUGUAAAGGAGAGCUAAAUUUUGGAUGACCUUGCAUUUAUGGAAGGUAGAAAAUAGGAGGCUGGCUUUAAUGUGUUGGAAUAGUCGUCUAGACUGACAUGAAUGCGUUUUACAGCAGAAAAUGAAUGGUUAAUAUGAGAGGUAUAAAGGAACAGAGGAUAUAGGGUUUGAUUAGGUUGCAGAAUAGAAAUAUGUACAUACACUAGAUGAGCUGAAUGAUUUUUGUGCUGCAAACUAUGAAAUUGUACAAAAGCAAGUUGCAAUUCUUUUCUUGCAAGGAAUAUUACAGCUAUGCAACUGUUAUGCAGAGAUGUUUUGUUUCCUUUAUUCAUCCACGAGAUGAGGGUGUUGCUGGCUAGGCAGCAUUUAUUGCCCAGAGGGCAGUUAAGAGUCAGCCACAUUGCUGUGGGUCUGGAGUCAAUGUAGGCCAGACCCAGGUAAGGAUGGCAGUUUCCUUCCCUAAAGGGUAUUAGUGAACCAGAUGGGUUUUUCCUGACAAUGAGCAUUAGGUUCUUAAUUCCAGAUAUUUAUUGAAUUCAAAUUCCACCGUCUGCCAUGGCAGGAUUUGAACUCUGGUCCCCAGAUGCUGUCUGGUCUUUGAAAAAGCAGUCAGUGAUAAUACCACUAGGCCAUCGCCUCCCCUGUUACUAUGUACUUUAAAAUCCUGCUUCUUCCUUGCUCCUUUUCUCUCCAUUGGCUAUGUGGGUGUGAUAAUUUAAGAACUACUCCAACAUUUGCUUGGACUUACAAUUCUGAUUGUAAAUUGUGACUACUGACAACUCAUACAAAAUAUUUCUUAAAAGUCAUGUCGAGCAAAAAUGCUAAUUAAUAUAGCUUAAAAUAAUUGCUAACUGAAGAUACAUCAUAAGUUGUCUUUAACUGCUCAUGUAUUUAAUUCAUUUGAUUUAAUUACGUUUUGUUGGAUUCUGGGUUUGCUCUUUUUUUCUUAAAGAAAGUUGUAAAAUGCUGGAAGAAAGUAUUUACAGUUUCAAAUGAAAAAGACUUACUGAAACUUGUUUGGAUUUCUUUCUUUGAAGCAAUUUCCUACAUGUUUGUCCACUUCCUGCUGUUUGUUGAUCAUUUGCAUGAGUCCCAUAAUUAAACUUUAUUGAUAGUUUCUCAUUGUCACUCAAUAUCUUAAAAAUAAACAUUUUAAUAGAAUUAGUAACACUGCACUAAAGGAGGGCGUUCAGCCCAUCAUGUCUGUACUGCUGUCUGGGGGAGGUUGGUAAUUUAAUCCCAGGUUUUUGUUAUGAUAGAAGCUCUGGUUUCAAAGUGUUUUAUUUUUAAGAUGAUAAGGGAAGUGUUAGCAGGUAAUUCAUUGUUCAGUUUCUGUUGGUUUUGGGGUUUGGCAUAUCGUUGAUUAACUAAAUAGUAUUUACUAUUUGCUUUGACCAUUGUAUAUUAAAACUUCUUGUAUUUUAAACCCUA